AUGGCGUUCGUUCUUGGCGCCGUGGCCGUGGAGCCAAGGCGCGCAGCAGUGUGGACCGCCCGGCCCGGCCCGAGGGACACGCCACGUGCGGCCGCGCGCUCGGACACGGCAGCGCUCUCACGGCGGCGGGCUAGCACACACGCGCUGCAGCGCCAUGGACCAGCUGUGCCACAUGACGGAGCCGUGCCUCGUGACUUUCGAGCGCCUCAUGCUCGCGUCAGCCUUGACUACCAGGAAGUUUCAGUCAAGCUGGGCAGCCUCGAGCAGCAGCUGCAGCCGAUCGACAAGUCGUGGGUGCCGCAGGUGCAGGCGAAGGCCGCCUACUUCCACGCUACGGCCAGCCUCCACUACGCGAGGUCGCUAAAGGAGGAGGGCCCUGGCUCCUUCGGCGAGGCGGUGGCGCGGCUGCGGUUCGCGGUGUCGGUCCUGGACGCCGCCAGCGGCAAGACGGGCCCGCUGAGCAAGAAAUCGCCGUGCGCCGCGGCCGUGCGGGACGCCGCGUCGCGGCUCCGGAAGGAGGUCGGGGCCGAGCUGGCCGACGCGGAGAAGGACAACUGCCAGGUGUAUUUCGAGCGCGUGCCGGCCGCCGACGUGCUCACGCCGCUGCCGGCGCUGGCCAGCCCGCUAGUGCAGCCCAUGGCGGUGGAGUCGGUUCUGAGGGAAGCCGACGGCGAGUCUGCCUUGGCGAACGGCGGGGCACCAACGAUUCGACAUUGA